CCGACACAGUCCGACAUCAGUUUGAAGAUGGCGGAGGGUGAAUUGAACGUGGACAGCCUCAUCUCUCGGCUGCUGGAAGUGCGGGGAUGUCGCCCAGGGAAGAUAGUCCAGAUGACUGAGGCCGAGGUGCGGGGCCUCUGCAUCAAAUCGAGGGAGAUCUUCCUCAGCCAGCCCAUUCUGCUGGAGCUUGAGGCGCCCCUGAAGAUCUGUGGUGACAUUCAUGGGCAGUAUACAGAUCUACUGAGGCUGUUCGAGUAUGGUGGCUUCCCUCCAGAGGCAAACUACCUUUUCUUGGGUGACUAUGUGGACAGAGGGAAACAGUCACUGGAAACCAUCUGCCUUCUGUUGGCCUACAAGAUCAAAUACCCAGAGAACUUUUUCCUGCUCAGAGGGAACCAUGAGUGUGCAUCCAUCAACCGCAUCUAUGGAUUCUAUGAUGAGUGUAAGCGCAGGUUCAACAUUAAGUUGUGGAAGACUUUCACUGACUGCUUUAACUGCCUCCCCAUCGCUGCUAUUAUAGAUGAGAAGAUCUUCUGCUGCCACGGAGGAUUAUCACCUGAUUUGCAGUCAAUGGAGCAGAUCCGCAGGAUUAUGAGGCCCACAGACGUGCCAGAUACAGGCCUGCUGUGUGACCUGUUGUGGUCAGAUCCAGAUAAGGACGUACAGGGCUGGGGAGAGAACGACCGUGGAGUCUCCUUCACCUUCGGGGCGGAUGUGGUCAGCAAGUUUCUCAAUCGCCACGACCUGGACCUGAUCUGCAGAGCCCACCAGGUUGUGGAGGAUGGAUAUGAGUUCUUUGCCAAACGCCAACUGGUCACACUUUUCUCUGCUCCAAACUACUGCGGGGAGUUUGAUAACGCAGGCGGCAUGAUGAGCGUUGACGAAUCCCUCAUGUGCUCCUUCCAGAUCCUAAAGCCCUCAGAGAAGAAGGCCAAGUACCAGUAUGGUGGCGUGAACUCUGGACGGCCCGUGACCCCGCCCCGCACCACCCAGGCCCCAAAGAAGAGGUGAACAUACAGCUGUGGCUCUCCCCCCUCCUCACCCUCCAAUCCUCCAUCCUCGGUCUGCUGCCACGGCAACCCCUGUAACUCCCCUGUAUGGUUAAGAUACAGGGCUUAUCUAAUUGCCCGAAUCUUUUCCCCUCCCUCCACUGGCCCCUCCCCGGCUCCACUGACAGCUCUUUUCUUAAUGUGUAUGUGUACAUAAAUUUGCUGUGACCGACCUGUUUUAAUUUUUUUGCCUGUUUGUUGGUAUUUUUGAUAUUAUUAACAAAUAAUCUUUCGGUGGUAUACUUCCAAUGCCAUUUGAGGUUUUCUGUGUUGUGUACAGAGAUGUGCUUCUCUGUGUCGAGAGGCAAAGCGACUGAGUCAGAGGAAAUUUUUUUCAGUUAAAGAAUAUAGAUAUUUAACAUUGAUUUUGCCUUGAUCUCUUAAAAAAUAGAGAACCCUCUCAGUGUAUUUUAAUAGGACUGAGAUUCCUGUGCAAUGCUAAACCCGUGAACAAAACUAACAUUUCUUAUAUUCCGUUUUAACAGGACUUUAUAGGAUGUGCCGUGUACUCGCGCGUGUCGUGCACAAGCACAGUUUUAUGUCAUUAACCACAGAGAAAGUGGACAUUCCCCAUAAAAGAAUGUGAACAGACCGGCAUGAAUGACGCUUACAGGCUCGAUCAGAUGCUUCUGGCUGUGGACGCGCUGUGUCCGAACACAACGCCCUCCGCGCAUCGAUUCCUCCACUCUGCUAUGCCUCGACUCCACACCCACACUAAAACAUGCUGCUCCUCACACAGAGCCAAUAUUGACAUUUUCCCAAGACUCUCCUCAGUUUAUUAUUUGUUGUAAACAAGAUAAUUUUCCCUCAUAUAAACACCGUUACAGACAUUUUGAAAUGUUGUGUGGAAAGUCUAUGAAGGGGCAUUGAACUAACCUGAGUCUUGCUUACAGUCAAUGUUUUACUCGCCGGCAUAGGUCUUUUUUAGACCUGCUUUAACAUGCGUUUUUGAUCGUCUGAUGGCAAGUGGACAGCUGUGAAUACGUCUGUUCACAGCUCACAUAAAAACACAUUGAGUGAUUAAAUAAACAAGCCCAUCUGUAGCCUAAAACAUAGCACAAGCUUUUAUUUUAAGUUUAUCAGGCUGGAUUUAAAACAUGUCUUUGCUCAUUUAAUUCACUGUACAGCUCAACACUAGCACACAGCUUUUAAGGUGGGAUGCUUUCCUGCCUGCCUCUCACUGCAGUAACCCCUUAAAUGUCAGUAUGAUGACUCUGACCAUUGACCAUUCCGUUUGUUUUUAUUUUGUCUUGCAUGACGUACGCUUUUGUGUUGAUUGUUUUGUGUUCACGCUGCUAAAACGUGGAUAUGCACAACCCAGACCACCUCUGAAUGUGGUCUCAGUGAUCGGAUCUCAGUGCGUCUUUUGAGAUGCAUUUACACCUAACAUCAGAGCUGUCCACUUCAGAUCACUUAGGACGCGUUAAUGAAGGUCUGGACGCGGCCAUAUUGAACUAAAAGCAUAGAUGAGCUAAUAAAACUGUGCUUCUCUUAUCAGACCACUUAGCAGACUGACAAAGACCAAAUAUACAUGUAUGUAAAGGAAGAUUCACAGUAUAUUCUACAUUAUUUAAAUUGUUUUAGUACUUUCAUAGAUUUUUUUUUCUAGGUACAGGGUAUUAAAGAAGUGCGGGCAGGAGGAAGUGGCAGGUUCAGGCAUGUGACAGUGGCGCCACCUGGUGUAUAAGUACAGUACUACACAAAUCCAAUGCAAAUCUUAAAACUCCAGAUGGGUUUUUCAUGACAUUUCCUGUAAAAGUUUUGUGUCAUUUCACAUUAAAAGGUACUUCAGCUGUCUAUUCUACAAACCAGCCAUUAUUCAGGUUGGAUGAGCAUCAGUCCACUGUAAAUAUAAUGCAGUGGACAUGUAAUGGUAAACAGUUGCCUCUUUUUUUUUUUUUUUUUCCUUUUUUUGCUCUUAGUUGUAUUUCUAUGUUCUCUGUUCACGAUUGUUUACUUUUUAUUUACAUAAUUUAUUUCCUAAUAAUUAUAAUAACAAAACAAUGAGGUGUUACCAAAAGCUGUUUUGCAAUUUGUACAAGUUUGUUUGAAAGUCUAUAAAUUCAAUAAAAUGGAUGGAAACAGUAAUUAUUGGAAA